AUGUCGUCAAAAAGCGAAUGGGAUGUACAAUGCAAUGUGAUCUAUCACAUAAGGGAAGGCUUAUUCGGGAGUGCAUCAGUAAUCUGCGAUGAGUUCUUGCGAAGAAAUCCGAAUAACAGUGUUGUGAAUUGGCUGAAUGCUAUCGCUCUCAUCAAAAUCGGUAAGAUAGCCGAAGCGAUGAGAACUCUCGAAGAAUUGCGUCGCGAUAGCACAGUGGGAUUUGCAUCGCUGAUUGGCCUCAGAACUGCUCAUUCGAUGGCCAAAAGACCGGAUAAGGAAUCGAUGAAAGAAAUUGAUAAAGAAGUCAAUUCAUUAUGGAGUAAUUCGAACGCAGAUCAAUGCACAAAAGCUGCGACUGUGAUCAUGCUAUUCGAUAACAUCGACAAAGCAAGCUCACUCAUCGAAAACGCAUUCAAUAAAGCGUCGGAUAACGUUGAACUGACUACUCUGAAAGGCUGGCUGGAACUGGAGAAGGGUCGUGAUGCAAAACUCGCGCAGAAACUAUUUGAAGGUGCUAUCGCACAAGUCGGUAAUAUAGAGUACUGUCGUUGUCUGAUGAUGAGCCAUGAUUGGGAGAAGACAAUCGAGCAAUGCCAAAGAACACUUCUGAUACAGAACGACUCUGUCCCGAUCCACUUGAUUCAAACCGUCUAUGCGUUAGCGAUACAAGGUGACUUGCACUCCAUUGAUGGAUAUUUGAGUGAUCUCAAUGAUGCAAUUCAAAGCAACGAAUCUUCAAAUCAUCAAUGCCUAUUCAAAAUUUCACAACUCUUGUCGGGACUAGCUGAAGAUGGUUCUUCAUGUGCGCAGUUUGCGAGAAAUCUUCUGGAGAAGGCAAUAUCAAUCGAGGAUCGUGCUGAAUAUUUAGACGAACACGUGAAAGCACUCAUACAAAGUGGUGACUUGAGAACAGCGCAUGCUAUUGCUCUGAAUGCACUCAAAGCAGACGAUACCUCAGAUAUUAGCAUUCUUCUCGGUUCACAAUUACACUUCUUUUUUUCAUGUCUUUACAAUUCGUUUUCAGCCAGAAAUGUCGGUGUGGUUCGAUGUUUUCUGGCCGAAGGACAAAUCGCUGACGCAAUAUCACAGAUGGAAUUCGUUCUGGGCACGCAACCGAAUGCAGCUCAAUCUGAGGUUCGAAUCAAUCGAGCGGGUUAUUUACUUGCGAAGGCGAAAUACUUAUCGAUGGAUUUGUGUGGUGCUGAAAAAUUGUUGAAGAGUUGUUUGGAUCGUGAUGAGACAACUGCUGAAGCACACCUUCUUAUGGCUCAGAUGCAAUUACAAAAGAAGAACUAUGAUGAGGCAGGGAAAUGUCUCGAUGUCGGGUUGAGUUUCAACUUCAAAGUUCGCGAACAUCCAAUCUAUCAUCUGAUAAAAGCAAAAGUGCAAAAGAAUUGCGCACAAAUCGAUGCAUCAAUUAGUACACUUCGUAAUGCGCUACAACUGCCUUCGUUCAAUUCUGCACCGAGUCAAAAGCGAGAAAAAUUGGAUAUAACUGAUGGAGAUCGCAUUGCGAUUUAUUUGGAACUGAUGGAUUCACUUCAGAAAAUGGGUCACAUCGUGAGUUCACGUCUCCUUUCAAAUUCAAAGUUGGCAUUGAAGGAAGAGGCUGAUGGAGUGAUGCGAGAAGCACUGGAGCGUUGGUCGGGCAAAGCCGAAGAGCAACAGUUGAUAUUGAUGAAUGCGAACUUACGACUGCAAAAAGGCGAUGUGGACGGUGCAUUAACGAUACUCGCGUCGAUUCAACCGAACCAACCCAACUAUCAAACUGCCAAAAUUCGAAUGGCUCAAAUCUAUUUGGAUGAGAAGAAAGACAAACGACAAUUCGCCAUUUGUUACAAGCAGUUAAUUCAACACGAUCCAACCCCGUUGGCUUACGUACUACUUGGUGAUGCCUACAUGAGUAUACAAGAGAUAUUAACGACUAGAAAAGCAUUUUUAAAGCCGUCAAGAGCGAUAGAAGUCUAUGAAGCGGCACUGAAGAACAAUCCAAAAGACGAUGCAUUAGCUGAGAAGAUCGGUCAAGCAUAUGUACAGUGUCAUCUUUAUUCGAAGCACAAAAGCGCAACUUCUAAGGCAGUGAACUACUACGAAGCAGCAUUGAAAAGUGGUCAGAAGAGUGUGAUGCGGAUGCGUUUAGCUGAAUUAUUGUUUCAAUUGGGCAAUUACGAGAAAUGCGAAAAGGUAUUGACUCAAGCACUCGAUGCCGAAUCCUGUCCUAUCGAGAGUUCGAAGAUGAGUGAACAUGUAUCGUAUUGGAUGUUGCUAUCGAAACUGCACUUCGAGAAUGGCAAUUGGCAACAGGCAAGCGAUGAGCUGUCGAAAGCUCGCGAUAUACAGAAACGUCUCAUUAACAAGUCACCGUCUGAAGUGAACAACAUCCUUGAACAACGCAAACUUGCUGCCAGGAUUUGCUGUCAACUGGCGGAAUUACAUUGGAAUCGAAGGGAGGCGAACAAAGCGGUUGAAUAUUAUAAGGAAGCAAUUUCACUGAAUGAAACUGAUAUCAAAACAAUGACUGCACUAGCUUCAUUAUAUUUAGCAAUUGGUAAACUCGAAGCGUGCAACACUCAAUGUCAACUGAUUCUUAGCAUUGAUCGACAUAAUGAUGAGGCUACUUUGAUGAUGGCAGAUUUGUUGUAUCAGUCGAAUGAGGCCGAUAAAGCAACUGUACACUUCACGCAAUUAUUGGAUCGCAAUCCAAAUCAAUACCACGCGUUGGCUCGUUGUAUUGAGUUGAGUUGGCGAAGCGGUGAUGUUGAACAAGCAGAAAAGUAUCUGAAGAACGCUGUAGAGGCUAAUCCACGCGCUACAGUCGAUGCUGGGUUCAAUUACUGUAAAGGACUUCAUGAAUGAAAUGAAGAGAGCGAACGUGAAAUGGGCACAAGAACUGCCGAACGUUUUUUGAAGAGUUCAAUAAAAGCAUUCGAAUAUAUGGGAUAUCUGCGGGAACAUGAGCAGAAAUGGAUCGAUGCGGCAGCAAAUUAUGAGGAAGCGUGGAGACUGAGCAGUCGUCGCAACCCUUCUAUAGGAUUUAAACUAGCAUACAACUACUUGAAAUGUCGCAGACUAUUCGACUGUAUUGAUGUUUGUCAUCGUGUGCUCGCUCUUUAUCCCAAUUAUCCGCGUAUCAAACGUGAUAUCAUGGAUAAGGCAAGGGCAAAUAUCCGAAUGUGA